GUGGAUCCGAGUCCGACUGGAGAGCUCUCUUCCAGCGUUGGCACCGAAGUAUAGCGCACAUCAUGCACGGGUAACAGGGGGGAGAGCGAAUUUGAACAUGAUCCAACGUCGAGUCCCAUUUUCCGAUUGAGUGAGGAUCCUGCCUUCCACCUGCCACCAUGAUAGCCACUGGUGGUCUGCUGCGUAUGAACCGGCGCCAGGACUCCCUACGCGCCAAAAACCGCGCCGAAAACAAGCGUAAACGGAAAGCCAAAAAGAAGAAAAAGAAUGACGUUGUUGUAGUGAAAGGGAAACUAAACCUUUGCUCCCCCGCUGGCCUUGUAGCAGCUGUGGGUAUACUCGUUUUACUGGUUGGCGUCUCGAUGGCUGUUUUGGGAUACUGGCCGAGCCAAAACCAACACGAAUACCAGGAAAGACGCCGCACGGGGGUGUUCUAUCGGAGCGCCGCAAAAAAUCACGCUACUUCUGCUAACGUCACAAGCGAAAAAACGCCAUCGGAUCACGUGUUUAACGCUAGCCAUGCUAACAGCGAUAACAGUAGCGUCCAAGAGCCCGCGCCGCACUGUGGAUUCCUAUGCGAUUUUCUGGAUAGUUACCUGUACUCCGACAAUCUUAAAGUGUUUGGACCACUUGUAAUGGGAAUUGGGAUUUUUCUCUUUAUUUGUGCCAAUGCUGUCCUCCAUGAAAACCGAGACAAGAAAACCAAAAUCAUCAACUUACGGGACAUUUAUUCAACCGUGAUAGACUUGCAUAGUAUUCGUGCAAAGGAGUACUCCCCGCUAAACGGUUUGGUGAACUAUACGCAAGCAAGAAGCGCAGAAGGGCCUUCCGAUUCACAUCCUCCAAGCGCAAAACUUACCCGAAGUUCUUGGCCAUCUACCGGACUUGGUUUUCAGGGCGAACUUGGUAGCGAUGAUGUUUUUAGGCGCCCCUCGCUUGUUGAAAGACCUCGUAGUUGGUCAAGAGACGUCCAAACUUUUACCGAUACUGUUUAUAGCAUCUACAAAGACUAUAGCAAUAGCGCGGAGCAAACGCCACAACUCAAACCGUGGGAUCCCACUUCUAUCGUCACUUCGUCGGUCAAUGCUUUCACGUUACCAGUGAUCAAACUCAACAACUGCGAAGUGGAGGAGUCCGAGAGGCUUGCAGCAGCAGAUAGGGGGCACUCUCAGGAGGAAGUCGUCAUUGAAACCGCCAUUGAAUCACAAAGCAAUGAAGAAGACAUUGAUAUGAGCCAAACGGAAGAAACGCAACUGACCGAUUUUGACACUUCGUUGGAGAAUCCAAACCACAAGGAGGACGAAGAGGAUGUUUCAGUAGCUGUAGUAGUAACAUCUGAUGAACAGCAGGGGGCAGUGAACGAGAGCAGGACCCAAUUAUUUCCAUCUUCGCCUGUAAAUGUAACUACGGGAUCACGGUUAUCUCUGAACUCUCUUUCAGGGGAGAGGGAGCCGAGGCUGGUGCGGAGGUGUAGUUUGUCUGUAUCCGCAGGUCGGCAAAGCGAACGGGUGCGGCGGUUUAGCUGUCCCAAACUGGAGCGUUCAAACAGUAAGGGCUAUAUUAAACUGACAGACCUGGGAGGAGAGUCUUUCGAAGCCCCCGAUACAGAGACCUCUUUGACGGGGGUCGAGGGAGACGUGACCGCGGAUACCAAGGUGGACCUAGAAGCUCAGGGAGAGGAAGACAAGAUGGCCGCCGCUGGGAUGUCAUCGGCAGAAAUCUAGAUCAGUGGUUCUCAAAAAUAUACAAGUUGAAAAUAUUUAAAUCUACAAGUAAAAUGAACUUAUAUCAGGACAUUCCCAGGGCUAAACUAAAAAUUCAGUGUUAGGAUUAGUGGAUUAAACUUGCCUUUGUACACUUUAUAUAAAAGCGUUCAGUAUACGAGUUUAAAUUAUCCAAAUAGAAGCCCUUCUUAGACUGUUUGAUUGGUGGGGCAGCUGUUGCAACAGAUGUAGUGAAUAGUAAAUGCCAACAUUGCUAUAAAAGCUAGCAUAUACUGUUGAUUUUAGUUAUUUUUGGCUUUGAAUUUUUAUUAGACCCAGGUUCUAGUGUUCAUUUCUCAAUUACUUAUUCAUCACACCUCAAAUUAUCCUCGAAUUGCCAAAGUAAAUGCUGUGAAAAUAAUCAAAACACACAUAUGUCAUACACUAUGUGCGUUUUUCUGGUUGAGGGUCUGCCACCUACCUUUCCCCAUGGCGAUGUUAUUUAUUGCCUGGAAUAUUCCACAGUAUGGCUUUGAAUUACUUUGAAUAACUUGCAAUUAUUCAGCUACAGGUGAUUUAGAUUGCUUUAAAAAAACAAAACAUUGAAAACACACAUUAUUACAGGCUUGUUUUUCCACAGAUCUGACCUGUAGAUUUGUUUAAUGCCCUACUGUGGUACAUUCCUGGCAAAGCUAUAAGGUUUCAUUGGAGAUAAGCAAGUGGUGUAGUAUGUACUAACCAGAAAUGUUAUAUAAAGUACUUUAAAAUGCAUGUUGAUAUAACUUUUUGACAAUACAAUAAAGCCAAAUUACCCAUUACAGGACUUUACCAAUUAUCACCACUAGAGCCCACGUCCCACAGUUUGAGAACCACUGACCUAGAUUUGAUUAUAAGUUGUCUCUAUAGAAGAAAUUGUCUGAUGUCUUGAGCAUGUGCAUGUGGCUACUUUGAACUACGGGGCGAAACUGAAAGCACAUAAGGACUAUGAAAUAUAGCCAUGAACACUCAAAAAGCAAGACUAAAAAAUACCCCAUCCACUGCUCAAUAGUGACUUUUUUCUAUUUUUACAAUGUAGCAAGAGCAAUACUAAAGACUACUAAUGAGAUUUAGUUAAGAUUUAUAUAUAAAAAUUAAAAGAAAUCCUUGGUUUCAGCCCGGGAUUAAAAACUUUUGUAUCUUGUAACAGUAGGGCAAAAGUUGUAGCUUGUAUUUGCUAAAACUGUCACCAUGAUGUUGUACUGUAGCAUCAAUUUGACCACAGGUAAACAUGGAGCUAGACUAGACUUGUUUCUCUGCAUUGUUGAUUAUGUGAAUAUCACGUGGACAUACGGGGGAACAGAGCCGAAACUCAGGUAGAUGUUUGGAGAGAGACUACAGGCUUAUAAGGGACAGACGUCUUUCUUAUGUGCACUCCUGUUUGUAACAUCCAUGACUGAAUAAAUUUAAAUGUAACGU